CUUCAGUUUUCAAUAUCACCGAUUUUUAAUUAAAAAACUUAGUUCAUACGCACUUACUGCAUAUGCUAGACCAUAUAAAAGUGCCGUUAUAGUGGAAACUUACUUCAGUUUAAGGUUAGAGGGCCAACUGUUUCACAGCAAACGCAAAAACUUAGUUAACUUAGUUGUUUAUUCGCUCUUACUAUGCCGAACUUAAUACGCGUUGGCGGUGCGUGCAUUUACAAAUCGCGUGACGCACUCACAUAUCUCUUCAAGAUUUUCACUUUCGUCGGCAUAAAUCCGUCGGAGCAGCAGUCGCGCCAAUAUUAUUGGCUUUAUUACAGCUAUUCGCUGACGGUGAACUUCAUUUGCUGUCUCUUCAGUCCGCUCUCAUUUCACAUAGGCUACAUAAAGUUGUGGCACGUGCUAAACAAUAACCAAUUAUUGGCUGCCAUACAAAAUGCAGUUCAAGUGACGGGCAUCCCUAUAAAAAUUCUCGUUAUCACAUGGUACAUGAAACGUCUGCGGCAGGCGUUUAAAAUUCUCGAUCAACUGGAUGUGAAUUAUACGCAAUGCGAAGAUUUGGCGAAAAUACGCGAAUGCGUACGACGUUGUCGGAAAAUCGUUUUGAUAUUCUGUUUACCCUACUACAGCUUCGAGCUGUCGACUAUUGCGUUGGGUUUGCUGCAGAAACGCGCUCCGCUGGCUGCUUGGGUGCCCUUCUUGGAUGGGCAGCGCGCCGCUUGGGAAUACUGGACGAUCGUGUUGUGGGAUACGUUUGUCAUGUUCAUUUUGUUAUCCUAUCAGCUGGGCGGUGACACCUAUCCGCUGAUAUUUCUCAAUAUCAUACGCACACAUGUGCAACUGCUGGUGACGCGUGUAAGUCGUUUGGGGCGCGAUGGUGCGCUGAGUGCCGACGAGCAUUACGCAGAGCUUUUGGCAUGCAUACGCACCCACGUGCAAAUCGUGAGCAUAGCAAAUAUUGUGGCGCCUGUGAUUUCAGUUACUCUCUUCACCCAAUUCGCUACCACCGCCACCACGCUACUGACUUGGUUUGGCAAUGUUGAGUAUCCGGAAAAUAUUAUUUCGUUCGCAUUUUUCUCUUGUCAGCUGCUGCAAAUUUUUCCCUGCUGCUCGUCUGCCUCUCAACUGAUUGCCGAUUGCGAGCGUUUGCCCGACGCGAUUUUUCACUGCAACUGGGUGGAUCGGGAUCGUCGUUUUCGCCGGGCAAUUCUGUUUUUUCUACAACGCACUCAAAAACCCAUGCGAUUUUGGUGCUUGAAGCUUUUCGUCGUUAAGCUGGAGACAAGUGUUGCGAUUGGCAAAUUCGCUUUUUCGCUGUACACUUUCAUCCAGGAGAGCGAUGUUGGUAGAAAAUCGAAUAACUGAAACCGGAAGUUCUGUUAUCCUGUUUUCAACAUCGGUGAAUUAACUUAUAUGUAUACAAAAAUGUCAAUACUACUAAACUUUUAGCUUUAUUCACAAAAUUUAAAAUUAGCUUAGAAAUUAAGUAAACAAUAAAUGAGGAAAGCUUUACUAAUAUGUAGGUUAUUAGUAUGUAAUAAAUUAUGUGACAGUUUAAUAUCAUGCGAUAUUUUCUGGCAAAAUUUAUAAGCAAAUGGUGAUCAAAUGUUGGCUAAUAAGGCUACCCAUCGAUAAAUUCGUUACAUAACAUGUUUUCACAUUUCAUGAAAUCAAAUAAAUCACAUCACCUGAUGGCACAUCAUAUGAUGUGAUGUUAAGUCACAUCGACAUACUUCACAUGAUAUCACAUCACAUAAUAAAUAAAACUUCAAAAUACCGAAACAUACACAGCUGGAGAAAUUAAUCAGAUUAAAACAUAUUCAGUAGAGAUAUUCUUAAUUUUAUGCAUCAAAUUGCAACAUAUCUGAUUAGCUGAA